AUGAAUCUCAAUCAACUCCUCCAUUUAGCUCAAGCUGAUUCCACUGAUUCCACUCCAGCUGAUGCCACUGACUCCACUCCAGCUGAUGCCACUGACUCCACUCCAGCUGAUGCCACUGACUCCACUCCAGCUGAUGCCACUGACUCCACUCCAGCUGAUGCCACUGACUCCACUCCAGCUGAUGCCACUGACUCCACUCCAGCUGAUGCCACUGACUCCACUCCAGCUGAUGCCACUGACUCCACUCCAGCUGAUGCCACUGACUCCACUCCAGCUGAUGCCACUGACUCCACUCCAGCUGAUGCCACUGACUCCACUCCAGCUGAUGCCACUGACUCCACUCCAGCUGAUGCCACUGACUCCACUCCAGCUGAUGCCACUGACUCCACUCCAGCUGAUGCCACUGACUCCACUCCAGCUGAUGCCACUGACUCCACUCCAGCUGAUGCCACUGACUCCACUCCAGCGGAUUCCACU